AUGAAUUCCGUUGGAUCACUUCAAAUGAAUAAUAAAGUGGAAAUACCUCGAUUAGCUCUGGGGACAUAUGCAACAUCUAAUGAAGAGAUCAGCAAUGUGAUCGAAACUGCUUUAUCAGUUGGUUAUCGCCAUCUGGAUUGUGCUUGGAUUUAUGGAAAUGAAAAAGGUAUUGGAGAUGGUCUAACGAAUCAAUUGAAAAAAGGCGAAAUCAAACGAACCGAUGUGUUCAUCACUGGUAAACUUUGGUGUUCGUUUUUCAAAACGGAACGUGUACGGCAGCAAUGCAUCAAAUCGAUCAAUGAUCUUCAAUGUCAAUAUCUGGAUCUGUUUCUUAUUCAUUGGCCAUUCGCCUUUAUUGAUCAAGAUCCAAAUAAAAACGAAGAAAACAAAUUCAUAGUAGCUGAUGAUGUUGAUUUCGUUGAUACGUGGAAAGCGAUGGAAGCAUUAGUCGACGAAGGCCUAGUCAAAUCUAUCGGCGUUUCGAAUUUCACGGAAGAACAACUUGAACGUGUUCUGAAUAUGUGCAAAUACAAACCAGUUGUUAAUCAAGUGGAAAUUCAUCCAUAUUGUCCUCAAAUAGAACUGGAAAAGUUCUGUAAAAAACAUGAUAUUAUUCUUGAGGCAUAUGCACCUUUAGGAGCAAAGGAACGUCCUUGGAAAACAAAAGAUGAUCCGGAGGUUUUAGAAGAUAAAACAAUCAAAUCACUUGCCGACAAAUAUCACGUUCAUCCUGCGGCUAUUCUUCUUCAUUAUAUCAUCGAUCGCGAUAUCGACAUCCAUUCAAACUAA